AUGGCCGAUGUGCACGUCCCGCCAGACGUGCGGCGCGAAAUUCUACGUGCAUUUACGCGGAAGUACCAUUUGCAGCUGCGGUCUGAUGCGGUCCAGUUUGUGUGUGCGACAUUGCAGGCACACGGCUUGCUGGACGAGCCAGUGGCGCGGGCGGAAGCCGUCGAGGCGCUCGCGAAUGCACUGGUCGAGCAGCAUUUUUCCGGCGCAUCGAGUGCAGGGUUUGACGGGCUGGUCGUGACGAGCGAUGUGCUGUGCAAAGUGUAUGAUCAGCUGGUCGUCGAGGGCGCGGAAGAGCCAGGCGCUGCGAGUGCCGUGACCAUGGGCGAUACGCCCAACCUAGAACGCUACUUUCACGUGUGCGACGCAUUCAAGUUGCCACGCAUUCGGUUCAAUGGGUCGCGCAAGAUAUUUGAGCCUAUAGAGAAGCCUGCAUCGCUGUUAUCGUCGCCGGCCUCGGUGACCGAGCACCUCGCAGAGCGCUACGAACUGCUACGAAGCGUCGUGCUGCGCAACGAGCAUUUUUUGCCGCCGCUCGCUGCGGGUGCGCGUGAGUCGCAUAUGAAACUUACCACGACCAAGAAUCUGCUCGGAAGGCAGGGCCAGAACUGCUUGCUUUUUGGCCGACUGAGCACGACGCCGGAUGGGCAAUACGUGCUGGAAGACACAGAAGGCAGCGUGCAUCUGGAUUUGGACGCGGCGAUUGCCGGAGAGGGAAUUUUUACGGAAGGAAGUUUUGUGCUUGUCGAGGGCGAGUAUACCAUGCAGGAAAGGCUCCAUGCAUUUGCCAUUGGGCAUCCGCCGAGCGAGAGCAGGGACGAGGCGCGCAGCCUGUUUGGUCACGUUGACUUUACAGGCACCGGUGCCGUGCCUCAAAAGCAUGUGGCUGCAAUGCAGAGCCAGGAAAUGCAGCAUCCUGAUUUGUCUUUUGCCGUAUUCAGUGAUGUGCACUUGGACCAUGAAAACUCGCUGUCGAACCUGCGCGCGAUUUUGCAGGGGUACGGAGACGCAGACUUUAUUCCAUUCUGUCUUGUCUUGUGCGGCAACUUUACGUCGGUGUCGAUGGAGGCGGACGAGGGAAAUCGCGAUCGCUUUGAGCAGGGAUUCUUGCGCCUCGCCGAGCUUUUACAGCGGUUCCCACACAUUCUCGAACAGACGCAUCUCGUGCUUAUUCCUGGGCCUGCAGAUCCAGUGAGCACGCCGCUGCUGCCCCGCGCCCGCAUUCCGGCGCCAUUGGUUGCAUCGUUUGAGCAGAGCCUUCCGAGUGCGUUUGUGGCGCAAAGGCUUCACUGGGCAAGUAAUCCUUGCAAGCUCGUUUAUUUCUCCCAAGAAAUGGUGAUUUUCCGCGACGAUAUCAUGAGUAAAAUGCUACGCAGUGCGGUCCGACUGAAGGACGAGUUGCGCGAUGGCGAUCUGCAAAAAUUUCUUGUCUCCACGUUGCUGGACCAAGCGCAUCUGUGCCCGCUCCCGCAGCAGGUCCGGCCCGUGCUGUGGGAGCAUGCAAAUGCGAUGCGUUUAUACCCAAUGCCGAGUGCGCUCGUGCUUGCAGACCGCUACGAGCGAUUUGAGCUCACCUACGAGGGAUGCCAUGUAUUUAAUCCAGGGUCGUUCCGCGGACAGAUGGAGCGGAGCGAAUUGCAAGAGUAA